AUAGUUAGUAACGCAUAUAUCUGCGGAAGCUGGGAGCAUUCAAGCCGUAAUACGAUUCCUAAUCGCUUAUGAGUCCUCGAACAUGAUUUGUCCAUAACCAAACUUUUUAGUCUGGUGCGAUCAUUCCCCAGUCUGGUUACGAUCGGUGAAACCACUUUUUGAAGGAUUAACUAGUUAUAUUGGGAUUCCAGCAACUUAUCGAAAGUAUGAUGUUUUGUUUCAGCGCCAUUUUGCUAGCACUCACAGGUAUUGCUUCUGGCCAAGACUGUAAUUUUGAUGCCAAUCGUACAUCGAAUCAAAGAUGUGGAUGGUCAAAUGACUACGAGGACGACUUCGACUGGUCGGUCAGACGACUACCAUCCCCUACCCCGUUUACAGGUCCGUCAGGAGACCAUACUACAGGAAGUGGUAACUUCCUCUACACCGAAGCGAACGGGAGGGAUCCAGGUGAAAGUGCGAGGAUCUACAGUCCUUUCCCGUCCCCAGCCAAUGAGGCAGGCUCAGAGAUGACGUUGAUCUCCUUUUGGUACAGCAUGUGGGACGCCUUUGAUGGAGGUUCUCCAAUUCCCGGGACCAAUAUGGGAACACUCAAUGUCUACAUCGUCUAUAAUGUCGAGAAGGUUCGGCUAGACCCACCUAUCUGGUCGCGGUCAGGAUCCCAGACCGACAGAUCAGAACAGUGGAAGGAAGCUAGGAUUCUCUUUACGGCCUCUCAUCCAUUUCGGAUCAUAUUUGAGGGUGUCAUCGGUGAAGGAGAGAGAUCGGAUAUUGGCAUUGACGAUAUAGUCAUCACACAACCGAAGAUGCCCACCUCAUGUGACUUUGAGGGCAGUGAGAUGGGCGAUCUGUGCUUCUUUUACCAAGAGGACCUGGAAGAUCACUUCGACUGGACCAGACACUCUGGUGAAACGCCCUCUCUCGACACUGGACCGCGCAGUGAUCACACCUUCCAGAACAAUUCAGGGCAUUACAUGUACAUCGAAACCACGCGCCCAAAUGGACCAGCUAAAGCCAACCUGAAAUCUGUCCAGUUCUUCAAGCAAGAGUCCUUUCCAAGUAAUGAUUCUACUGUGUGUUAUGUCGACUUCUACUACCAUGCUUUUGGUGAACAUGUCGGCGAGCUGCAAUUAUUUAUCAAAAUGAUAAUAUCUACGAAUGGGUGGAGAGGAUUUCCUUAUCCCAUUGUAUCACCUGGACAGAGCAAUGACACAUGGGUCCACCUAAACUUUCCUCUGCCUAUAAACGACAAAGCAUAUUACACACUUGAAUUCAUUGGAUCACGGGGCAAUGGAAACCUAGGGGAUAUUGCUAUCGAUGACAUAUCACUUAGUGAAGGAUGCUUUGCCUCAGAUCCGUGUGGAAGCAAUCCUUGUUUUAAUGGAGGAACUUGUGCAACCCUCGAACAUGCAGGUACUACUUAUUACUGCUACUGUCUAAUAGGAUGGGAAGGAGAGCAUUGCGAAACAGAAAUUGAUUACUGUGAAAACAAUCCUUGUAGAGAGGGUUACAUUUGCCAUGAGGAGGAUUCCGGAUACAUUUGCCUGUGCCCAGAAGGCUACCAGGGUUAUUAUUGCGAUGAAAAAAUUCCAACGGUUGAACCCCCUGAGCCAAUCGACAUCCGAAUCGAUGGCGUCAAUCCCGAGAUGAUCCCGGUCAUCAUUGGCUCUUGCAUUGGGUCGUUCAUCCUGAUUGUCACGGCAGCUUGGUUCACUGCCACCUGCAUCAAGAACGACGGUUACAGGCGGAAGGAGCAAGUCAUUGAAGGUACGAAGAACAUCGAUGCAGAGGAAGGCGAGUCCAACGCAUAUGUCAACGCUACAUAUAACCCGGAAGAUCCCGAUGACGAAGGCAAGAAUGUCCCGGGUCCGUCGGGUUUGGACAAGGAGAAAAGAGUCGAGGUGGAAAAGGAGGUUCUCGCCGGAUCGGAUGUGAAAGAGAAGACGACUAGUGACGAUUUGGGUGAGCCUAGCGAGGUAAAAGGUGUCAAAACACAUGACUACGAAGACGUAAAACCCAAGCCCAGUAGUUCUGAAAACAAAACUGAAGAUCAGGAGAAGAGGGGAGACGUGGUCGAGGACGUGGAAGAAGUCAUGAAAACAGACAAUGAUCAUGAGGAUGUCAAGGAGGUGGAAUCUAAACCGGAAGCCCCUACGUACGAAGACGUCCGUGAAGUCGAGAAGGUGACGCCUACAGAUCUGUCUACAAAAUAUGAUGAAGAUUCCCCACCACAAACGUCAGAGGAAAACGACGACAAAGGGGUGGUCUAUACAACAUCACUUUGAAAGCCCAAUUUGUAUCGUCCAUUUUCCAUAUAGGCUAUGGUACUUUGAUACUUGACCUUAAAAAAGACGAAGCAAUUCAAAGAUAAUGAUACAACCCCCCCCCCUUAGAAAUAACGACUUUUUAAAAAUAGGGAAGGGAAGAUCUGAGAAUGAUGAAGCUAUAACAAAGAGAAGGUAUAGUCAUUAUAGUCUUUUGUUCAUCUGUUACUCGAUUGAGAAUAAAAAUACGUCACUUUUGUGUCGCCUUGCCCCCUAUCCCCCCAAAAAUUACUUGGCAUAGCCCCUAAUAAUAAGUUUAUAAAUCGAUUGAGCUAAACAACGCAAGGCACCGAUCAUGCCCAAUACUGAUUAACGUUACUUAAUAUUACAACUAUUCUUGAUAACGAUGUGGAUCUCCCACCCCAUACCGUCAUUCGCCAGGAUGGACAAGCAGUGUGCAUGUGUGCAUGUUUUGUUUAUUGCGGUACUUCACUUCCAUCAAUAUAAAAAAGUGUUCUUUUAAGGCCAUUAGAAACACUUUAAAGUGCCCCAAAAUGUCAAGCGCGCACAAAGAGCCACACUUUUCCUCUUGCAUGUGUAGGUGUGCGUGUUGUUUCUGACAUGUUGGUAUGGCACCAUAUACUGUUAACUGUGUCACUGAGUAGUGUAUUAACCUUACACACUAUAACCUUAAACCUAUUUUACUAGUAACCUUUAACCUAUUUACUAGGAUACAGAGGGAUUACUGCUUUCCCCAAAUGCUCAGAAAAAAAAUAUAUGAUAUUAUCAGUAGGCAUUUAUAGGCCUGCUUGUCAAAUCCGACGAGGUUGUCUCGAAGUGUUAUUAUAGGACUAAUGCCAAAAGAAGACAGAUCGAAAUACUUUGUGAUAUGAUUUACUUUUUUUAUUGUUCAAUUUUAAUAGAAAAUCUACAGGAUUUGUUUUUAUCUAUAAACUUAAUGCUAUAGAGUACCGAAGUGUGACUUCAGUUGCCAUGGUGUCAUUGCGGGCUGGUUCUAAACAGAGUCGCAGCUGACGAUCGUCUGUACACAUUUGUAUGACUUUGGCUCGUCUGAAUAAUAGGUUGCAAGCGAUUGAAUUCCGAUAGCAGCCAUUUUCUCCGAUGAAAAACAAAUGCUUUCAUUCGGCGGGUUCAUUUGAUUAGAACAAGGCCGCCAUGACACCAUGACAACUGACGUCAUCGCUUCGGUACUCUAUGGGGAUUGAUACAAGACUACUCGUUCACCUAUUAGCAAUGCCUGUUGUCGUCGUUUCAAUAACUAUUUAAACUUGCUACUCUUACUCAUCGUGAAUGGUUAUCACGCUAAAGUCACACCAGCGGUACCGACUCCAAACCGACAAAUUGAUAUGCCAUUUAGAAUAAAAUCAAAUGACCCAAUAUCUUUCAUCGGUGUGGGUGGCUGUUUGGUAGGUGAGACUUUAGCAUGACACUCUAUUUAAAACUAACACGGGAAUAUCAACCCGUUCAUAUAAAUAUGGAUAUUUGAAAACGAAUAAAAAACGAUAUAAUGAUUUA